AAUUUUUAUACUUUUUCGUGAUUUUUCUUUAAUAUUUAUAUAAAAAAUAUUUAUUUUUUUUUUAAAUAAAUCAAAUUAAAAAUGACCAGCAGCAACAUUAACAAAAUUGUACGCAGCAAUAUCACACUCAAGCCGUGGAUACUUUCGAAGAACACUACCGAGAUAGUCAACACCUGCAUACAGAAAAUUUACAAGCAAUCGCAGAAUAAUUUCAAGAAUGAUCAAACUAAAAUCGCCGCAGCGAAACCCGAAAAUAAGGGGCCCAUUCGCGCACUGAAAACGCAGGAGCGUGCACGCGUGCCGCUGAGUAUAAAUGUUACACGCGCCAAAAAGGCGCAAAAUGCAAGUGAGAAUGCUGGCGCUACGGCUGGUACUGUCAUCGGUGGCGUGCCUGCUUCUACCGCCGCUGCAAGCGCAACUGGUGAACGUUUAGCUAGCAAGGCAGCCGCUAAUAACCGCCGCGGCGCAGUAGCAAAUUUAUCCGCACAUCGCCGACUGUUGAAGACUUCUUCGCCCAACUACAAGAUCUACAGUUCACGCCGCUUCGGUUCGAGUGCGAGCAGUUCGAAUGCAAGCAUCUUUCGUCGCAACGAAGAGCGUCGCCGUUCUACAACGCAAACAGCGCAGCUAAACUACUUACUGCGCACUUACGCGACGCAAAUGAGGGAACGCGCCGCUAUCAGUGGUAAUACGCUCAUACCAAAAUUUAUGGUAUCGGCGCGUAAUCAACACAUGGCGACACGCGUCAACGGUGCGAACAUACCACCACAUGUGCUGCAGACAUCUUCGAUAAUACAAAGGGAACUGAUGCCCAUCAAUAGUGAUGUGAAAGAUCGCAUUGCACUCGGACGACCGCGGUUAACUAAGACGGCGCCGCAAAAACCCAAAUCGCAGGAUCCCAUGAGCGGUUGGAAUCAUCCGCCAUCACAGGAGCUCUUCUUGGCGCGCUUCAAUCAACACGGCAUCGCCAAUAAUGAGCUGCAGGAACAGUAUCGGCGCAUGAAGAACGCCAAUAAGAUGCGUCAAUUCGAGCAACUGCGUCAGAUGGAAAAGCGUAAUGCCAUUUUGGGUACAGUAAUGAAGAAGGACAUGCGUCAUCAUGCGUUGAAGGAUUUCGAGAGCAAAAUGGGAAUGAACUCACCGAGUAAAUCACCACAACGGCAAGUACGCCAACAGACGCCUAGCUACGAACAUGCCUACCUCACACGUGUCACGCGUCAACAAGCCGACGCAGCGGAUACUGAAACCACCGCUUUAAUACCUGUUAGUGAAGAGCCGCCUGCAGCAGCCAGUUCUGCAGCCGCAAUGCAACCGGCGAGUGCUGCACAGCACACGAGCACAACCUUUCACACACACUCAUCAGUAAAGCAAGCUCAAGAAGCGGUAGAGCAGAGCUUCCACGAGCCCACGGUGGCAGCACAAACAACCGCUACGUCCGCGAGCGGCACUAUAACAUCAAAGAUCCUCAGUGUGCCAGCAGCUGAAACGCAGCAGCCCGAAGCUCCUUUCAACGAACUUCCAAUGCCGUUGGCGAUCACCAAGAAAUCAGCCACAUCUCAAUGGGCGUGCAAAGCUGCCAAUGCACAAAAUGCAAUGCGUUUCAGUCACAGUGUGCAUUUAAAGAAGUUUUGACCUUUGAGAUCUUAUGUGUUGAAGAGAUUUUUCGAUGAUACCCAAAGUAGGAGUGUAAGGUCAAGAGAUCAUAUAUGAAGUGUAAGACAGUGAUUAAUAAACUUUUGGUGACACAUAUGUAUUUACAUGCAUACAUACGUAUCAUAUGUUCGUUGGAGAGAAGAGAGAGAAGAGAGAGAACGCAAGCAAAUAGACUAAGCGGGAUAUAUGCAAAUCGGUUGAUCGUUCCACCUUCCAUUCCGGCGCUCACAACACUCUCACUCUCUCCACUUAUGUAUGUUCGCUCAGCAAAUUUGUUUUUGCAUACAUUUUCCAUUGAAAAGAGCAGAAUAGUAUAAAUUAAAUGUUACUCAAUUUGGUUAUUCAUUUCCUUUUGUGCUGCGAUUAUCGGGUAGUAAUGUUAGCAGUAAUGUCCUGGGGCUUGCCUGUGGAAAAUUAUUUCACUUACAUUCGAUAUAAUCGCCAUAAAUUAUUAUGUGUUGUUGCAGUGAUUUUGAUGAUUAAAUACAAUCACACAAUUACAAAAGUGGUUUCAA